AUGUACUCCCCCCAAUUCAAAACAGAGCAGUUGACACCGUCCGCAUCGCCCAUCUCCUUGAGCUUGGACGAUUCCAGCAACCCGUUCCACCAUCUGUUGGCGUCGCCCACAAAGAUGAAGCUCUCGGAUUCAGUAGGGUUUUACCCAACUUCACUGUCAAAAUUGAACGACAGAUCGCGGACGGGCCGUGGUAGAACUGCCAACAAUAACGACUUAGGGAUUCGUGGUGCUUCGAGUUUGAACUUCGGGAAUAAAGAUUAUGGUGGUGGUUUCAGAUCAUCGUCACCAAUAAGGUUCAACAUUUUACAAAACGCAAAACCUAAGAUGUUUAAGAAAGAAUUUAUCUCUCAGCCAAACAACUUACCCUUGUUCUCCACUUUAGUGAGGGGCGCUUCAAACGCACCAUCUAACACAGCAGCAAAUGACGUCGAAUGUAACGAUGGUGCCACAUCGAGUAUAAAAUCUAAUCCGCUGUUGGACGACAAUCUCCCCAAGCUGAGCAUCAGAGAAACUUUGGAGAAGAUCCAACAGCACCAUCAACGGCUGAAUGCCGCGAAGCAGAAAACUCCAGUUGUAACCAACACCGUCACUACAAAUAAGACGGAACCUAUUCUGUUGAAGAGUAACUCAAAAAGCAGCGAUAUGCUUAUCCCACCAUUAGAAAUCGAUAUUAUGGAGAAGACUGAUUCACCACGUGAUAGAAUUGUAUCAAAUACAUCCACCGUUUGUGCACCGGACAACUUAGAUUCAGUUGUGCCAUUGGAAACAAAGAUGCAAGGUAGAGGCGAAAACGUCGAGGCAAAUAAUUUCGCCACGGACCACAAUGGCUUUCUCCAGUACGUUAGGAAUGGCAACGUCCCCAAUUAUAAAAAGGGCAGUAGCAGUAGCAACGUCAAUAGAUACAGUUUCAUCUCCUCGACGUCUACCGACUAUGAUGCCCCAGAAUUGUUUGAGCAACACCAACCAUCAGUAACAAAUGCCUCAUUUCACGAAUCGCAAGCCCGUUUAGUGCGGUCGACGCAACACCCACCGGGCCAAAACUCGCAGUUAUCGAACAACAAUUCCAACGCCAUUGCUGAAUACAGGAGUAGAUUAGAGUCCAAUAAACUGGAUUUAAAGAUCAAGCAGCUCGAAGUUGAGAUUGGCGAACUGAAGCUACAGAACGCGCAGUUACUCAAUUCCAUGGGAACCAACCGACUCUUAGAGGACAAGCUGAUCUUGGAGAUGUUACAAGAGAGACAAAAGAGUCAAUCGGCUGGACCAAAGCCUGAGACGAGCGAGGAGUUGAAAUUGAAGAAGAAGCUGAAGAGGUUGGAAAGCAAAUUUGAGGACUAUCAAAAGACACUGGACAAGCUUUACGAUACAAAGAAGAAACGUUCUACCAGACCAACUAAGACAAAAGAAGCCAAUACAGCGACACACUGUAGGAUUUCCAGAAUAUCUACUAAGGAGUUACAACGGUUCGAGGAAACCACGGACCCAUCGUCGUCCGCCUGUACUUCUUUCUGUUCCGAGUAUUCCCCGGAUGACCACCACGCAAGUCACGAAGAGGGAGAAUACGGCGACGACUCAGAGAGAGACGACGAGUCCGUGCACAAAAAGCUUCUCGAGUGGGAGUACGAGGGGGACGUCGACGAUGAGGAGAUUGCUGCGAUUACAGCAACCAGUAGCAAAGCAUUUUCCUCCCGCAGGGGAUUCCGUUUGAAUGUCCCCAUUGAAAUGCAAUGA